GAGCAGCGAUGCUAACUCAGCUAGCCUCGUUCUCCCGAGCACCGAAGCACCGAGCGUGGUCAUGUCGCACACGGUAGGCGUCAUUUCGUGAUUAAAAGCCUGCACCGGACCCUCCAGCCUCUCCGCGAACCGGGACAAGGGCCCGGGUUCUCGGCCCCUGUGGCGGAAUAACGGCGCCGGUGUGCGGGUGGGAGGGGGGGAGAGUGUGAAUCCGAGCCAGUCUACGUUAGCUGGCCUAGCCGGACUUGGGAGCUCGUCUCCCAAAACAAGAAUGGGGUCUGGGUCCGCUCGGAUUAGCCCGCUGCUGGAGUGACCUUUGAUUGCGCGCUCCGAUGGCGAAUUUCACGAACUACCAGGAAGGGAAGGCAGCGAUGUUGAUGGUGGAGAGGGACGUGGGGACGAAGCCCGCGGCUGCAGCGAACGGGGACGGCUCGGUCGGGGAACCCCCUUCCCCGUUAAUUAAUAUCGGCGGAGGAGGCGGCGGCUCUCGCUUCCAUCUACCGCCCUCCAACCACCUCCACCACCUCAGCCACCACCAACCGCCAAAGGAUCACCACCACUACCAGCUGGCCCCGCAGCAGCAGCAGCAUCUUUCCGGGGAAAACAUCGCGGAGUCCCCGGGCAGGAAAGCCUCCUCCUCCUCCUGCUCGUCGACCCUCAGCCAGGCGCACACGGCCGAGGACCCCGCCGCUAGCAGCAGCAGCAGCGGCGGCAGCAGCCAUGUCUACGCGGCGGUGAGUGUCGCCAGCACCUCGGACGUUGUGGAUGAUAUUCGCAAAUGUGGCUAUUUGAGAAAGCAGAAACACGGACACAAGCGGUUCUUCGUGCUGCGGGCGGCCAGCCACCUGGGCCCCAGCCGCCUGGAGUACUACGACAGCGAGAAGAAAUUCAGGAGCAGCCUGCGCUCCGCCGCCGCGGCCGUGGCCAGCGGCGGAGCGGUGGCGCCUUCGCCCCCGAAGCGGGUGAUUUACCUCUACCAGUGCUUCACGGUGAACAAGAGGGCGGAUUCCAAAAACAAACACCUCAUUGCUCUUUACACCAAGGACGAGUACUUUGCCAUCGUGGCGGAGAACGAGCCGGAGCAGGAGGACUGGUACGUGGCUGUCAGUGAGCUGAUGAGUGAGGGCAAGAAGGGGCACCUGGACGCGGACGAUCUGGACGACGGGUACGGGACGGUCACUCCCGGGACCGUGUUUAAGGAGGUGUGGCAGGUGAAUGUGAAACCUAAAGGACUGGGUCAAACGAAAAACCUCACAGGUGUUUACCGGCUCUGCCUCUCAACGAAAACCAUUCACCUCGUCAAGUUGAACUCUGAGACCCCGUGUGUGAACCUGCAGCUGAUGAACAUCCGGCGCUGUGGACAUUCAGAGAGCUUCUUCUUCAUCGAGGUGGGUCGCUCCUCCUCGAUCGGGCCCGGGGAGAUCUGGAUGCAGGUGGAUGAUUCCGUCGUGGCCCAGAACAUGCACGAGACCAUCCUGGAGACCAUGAAAUCGCUGAAAGCUUUUGCAGAGUUUCGGCCACGGAGUAAGAGCCAGUCCUCGGGCUCCAACCCCAUGCCCUUCAUCACGACGCGGCGCCACCUGGGCAACCUGCCACCGAGUCAGACCGGGCUGCAGCGGCGGUCGAGGACGGAGUCGGUCGUGGGUACGCCGCCUUCCAGUAAGAGCUCUGGGGCUAGUGGUUACCGGUUCCGCACAUCCAGUGAGGGCGAGGGGACGAUGAACCGGCCGUUCCGCUCCGCCACAGGAAGUCUGGUUCACCUCAACUCGGCGCGUGCCCAUCAUGGUCGUCAGGAGGGUGUCGGCGGCAGCAGUGGUGGUGUCGCCACAGGAAACACUGGUACGAGCACCGGCGCUGGACGCUAUGUCAGAGCCAUCCCAGGGUCAUCAGCCAACUACCACGCCCGCUCCGCCUCCCUCCCCGUCUCCCACUUCCCCUCCACCACCAGCCCAGUGAGCGUCUCCUCCAGCAGCGGCCAUGGCUCUGUGUCCGACACACUCACCCGCCCAUCGAGUGCCUCGAUAUGCGGCUCCCCGUCGGAUGGCGGCUUCAACUCCUCGGAUGAGUACGGCUCGAGCCCCGGUGAUUUCCGGUACUUCCGGGUGCGGAGUAACACGCCAGACUCCCUCGGCAACACCCCACCAAUCAGAGAGGAGAACUGUCUAAAUGAUUACAUGGCCAUGGGCUGGAACCGGGAGGUGUUUGGCACCAGUGCAGGGUCUGGAAACAACAGUGGAGGUGACACGCCUCGGGAUGAAGGCUCAUCAGCGGCAGAGGAAGAUCGUUUUUCUUCAUCGUCGUCGCUGAGGAGGAGGACUCAUUCUUUCACCAGACCUGCAGGCGGUGCAACCGGUGGUUCUGGAGUAGCCGUUUACCAGAAAAUGACCCAGACCAACUUUUCCUUGGAUGAGGAGUCAGACAUUGUGUUGCCAUUCGGCAGCGGGCUGCUCCGUGGUGGGCCGUCCUCCUCCUCUUCCUCGCUCCGCUCUGACUACAGCUCCUGCUCCGAGCACAGCCAACAGAGCCGGCCCUCCACGCUCUCCCGGACGGAGGCCGGCGGUGAGCGUCCUCCUCUCUCCUCCUCUGCCAAGGAAGACAGCGGUUACAUGCCCAUGCUGUGCGGUGUGGCUGCUUCAACGCGGGACACGCCCCCCGACUACAUGCCUAUGCAACCCGGCUCUUACUCCCAUCAUGUCUCCCAUUCCCCUCAGUUUCACAGCCCAGCUCUAGCGGCCCGCUCAGCCCACCCCCAGCUCCAGCCUCAGUCCUCCACGGACUCCCACGGUUACAUGAUGAUGCUCCCAGGUGGCAGCGGCAGCUCCCCCUCACCAGUGCAGGCCUCCCCCAGCCCACACAGUAGCUCCAGUUUGGCAGGUGCCGGUGUGAGUGACAGUAUAGCAGAGAGACCCGAGAAUGGGGAAUAUAUGGACAUGUCGUACAGCAGCAGUGGAGGGCGCAAGCUCUCAAACGAAGGGAGCAGUGGAUAUUUAACACCUGAGAGCACCCCAAAGUCUUACAGCCCUUACUUUUCCCUCCCUCGCUCCUACAAAGCCCCCACGAGAGAGAGGGAUGAGAAGGAGUGUGGGGAGUAUGUUCCUAUGAGUUCUCCUGCCAAGCCAGUCUUUUCAUCAGUUGCCACAGCCUCAAUGUCAACACCAGAGAAGAGGGGUGGGGGAGGAAGUAGCACCUCAACCCCCUCUCAUCCACCGCCGCCUUAUGGAGCUCAUCACACGACCGCAGCGAUGGCCGACAGACGCGUGGUGAGGCCUAACCGCCUCCCGCUAGGUAGGAGGAGUUUCCACGGCCCGCUGCGGGUUAGUGAGCCCUCCCCAGUGUCUUCAGGAACCUCAACGUCAGUCCCUGCCACUGCUAGCUCGUCCGAAAGGCCUUCCAGUCCUGGAGAAUAUAUUAACAUAGAGUUUGGGGAUCACUACCCCCACCAACAACAGCCCCCUGCCUAUCCUCUCUCUGAUGAAGCUCCUUCCCUGGGAUCCACCGACCACCGCCACUCUCCCCCACAGCCCCAAGUUCACCAGGACUACAUGAGUGUGGAGGUGGGGGCCGAUCAGCAGGACAGUGAAGGGUGUCUGGGUAAAAAACAGUCUCCCAGACCCAGCCUCGUCGCCCCAUGGAACCCGCCCAGUUAUAUCAGACCCCUGGCUAGCAAUCCUGGGGCCCUGGCCUCCCCUGGAGUCCCCGCUGCAGGUCACUGGAGGUCGAAAGGUGACGACUAUACAGACAUGACAUUUAACCUCGACAGGACGCAAACAAGCCCCACAACCAUGCUGCAGCACCUCUGUGUAAUAGAGGGACGUUACGGCCAUGCUUCCUCUGCCUCCCCCUCAUCCACUUCCCCUCCUCUCCCCCCUUCAAGUCCAGGUAGGACGCCAACACAGCAGCUGGAGCCCAAGGUGGUUCGAGCUGACCCGCAGGGCAGGAGGAGACACAGCUCAGAGACAUUCUCCUCCACGUCCUCCUCUAAUUCAACUCCCCCUGGAGGAGGACUUGGACCCUCAUCCUCAGCCAUGCACCCCACAGCGAACACCACAGCCUCUAAUGGAUCUUACCUCGCUGAGGGUCAAGCUUCCAGAUGGGCCAGUUCAGCAUCUUUCGACAGUGUGUGGAUGUCUGUGGAGGGGGUCGGGGACUCGCCGGCUCACCACGCUCCGACAAGAGCCACGGACCCGGGGACUACGGCCGGGACCUCAGCCUCCUCCUCGGGAGCUGGAGCUGGGAGGAUGUGCAGAAACAUGUCUGUUGGCUACCAGAACGGCCUGAACUACAUUGCCUUGGAGCUGCGGGAGGACGGGAGUAAUGGAGGAGCCGCGGCGUCGGGAGCUGGCAGCAGCAACGGGAGCUCGACGGCAGCAUUGGGGACUGUGUCUCCGCCGGAGAACGGCGCCUACGCCAGCAUAGACUUCACCAAAUCUGACGGAGUCUCCACGACAAACAAGGACUGAACGAGGACAUCAGAGGUUCCCCACCCUCCUCUUCCUCUCCCUCCUCCUCCUCCUCCUCGUCCUCAUCUCUGCGCUCGUGGCACUCGACUCUGCCUGUGACCUUUUGGCCUCCCGCACCAGUGACCUCUGACCUCCACCCUGGCAGAGAAGCCGCUCCCUUCUGGACCCAGAAAACAUCAACAAACAACAUCACAACAGAUGACGCUUGCAGUUUUAAUUUUUAAGUGUAUUUCAUCUUUUAUUUUUUUAUAUAUGCACAUAUAUCAAAACAUAUAUGCAUAUUUUUCCUGUCAUUUUUUUUAAUCAGCCCCUCCCCUCUUUGAAUCAAUGCCACCGGUGUCCCCCCCCCCCACCCUCUGUUCAUUGAACUUUGACCUUGGGGGCGUCCACUGGACCUUAUGGUUCUGAUUCUGCGUACGGUAUAACAAAGGGAGGCUGGACUGCUAAGCUAAGGCAUUAUGGUACAGACUUUUAUGUUGCAUUGAACUUAAAUAUUAUUUUUUAUCUUUUGUUAUUAUUCUACCUUUUUUUUUCUUUUUUUACCCCAAACAUAAUCCAUCCUAAAUACGGUACCGUUCAGUUAUUAAGUUGUGGACAAAGUUAGAAUUUUUUAUUAUUAUCCCUCAGAUGAAAUGAGUUUGUCACCGGGUGGCAUCGCACAGUGACCUUGCUCUUUCCGGUACCGGCGACCUUUGGAUUACAAAGGUCACCACGAUAUCCACGGCGUGCGCACACAGCGCCACAGUUAGCUCGCGUUGCGGUACUGCGCGUGUGCACGAAAUUCAACGGGAUUAACCUUAAAGCAUUACUCUCCUCAUAUUCUGUAGCACAUAUUAUUUAUUCGUUGCAAUAGGUACAGAUGUUUCAUUCGUUCACUUGUUUUUGACACCGUUGGUGCUCAGCAGGGCGGGGAAGGACGUCAGCCACCAAUCAAAUGCUGGAACAUGUCUUUAAUUCUUUCUCUUGUACGACCCACCGGAUUUGGCUCAAAUUUAGCUAGUUCAAAUAUUUUAUCAAAUUCUUUGACUGAAGUUUUGUGGCGACAGCUUUACAUUUCAGAUAAAUUGUUUAAUGAGUGAACUUCAAACAAAGCCUGGGUAGCUGUUUUCAAAUGUUCACGCUUUAUGCUAAGCUAAGCUAAGAAUCUAUUAGUUUUAAAAUUAAAAUCCUAAGUAUCUUGUGGAGGUUUCCCCGCCCUGCUGCCGCUGCUCUGCUCCUCGAACUCAGGCUCCUGCUCGAGGAGCUGUCGAGCGGAGCAGGUGUUUCCAGGCGUUCUACAUUUUCAGUUUUACCUCAUAUGGUCCGUAGCACAGUUCAGGUUAGAGAGGGAGAGUGACGCACACACAGACACACACACGCACACAAAACGCUGUGAAAGGUAAAAGCACAAAUUACAGACGUCAACACUGGGAUGCAAACAGAAGCCUAAACACUAAAUCUCUGCAAGUGAACCGUAUACUGUGGAAGCAGUGGCAUGUACACACACACACACACACACGCCUGUACGUCAUGAAGACACAUGCCAUGGUCAUGUGGUGUCAACCAUACCGGCUCUCAUACGCACACACAGUGGUCAUGCAGCCCUAUUUAGGCAAGGAGAAGUCGCCGUGCCCCCGUUUCGACUUUUUGUCACCGGCUCCCGAUGACGUCCGGGAUUUUUCCUGCACACACACAGACACACACACACACACACACACACACACACGCUGGGGAGUUGGUCAGUGGCUGUGGGUGACGUGAAGAGGUUUCCAGUAACAUGAGCCCCGGCCCCAGGUGCAACACGCUGGACAUACUAACCCUGUUACAACCACACACACACACACACACACACACACACACACACACACACACACACACACACACACACACACACACACACACACACACACACACACACAGACACACACAGGCAGUGAACACAUCAAUCACAGUCUCCUCUCUCUCUCACAUGGACACACUGAUAGGCCCAUAUUUAGCAUUUCUACUCGCGCUACUCUCCCGUGACUUUCCCCCACGCAGCAGUUUCCAUAGAGAGAAAUGUGUGUUAACCACAGAAACUUGACAGUCCACAGAAUUUCACUUUUAUUGUUUUCAGUAUUCACUCAUCUAAUGCAACCUCCCCCCUGUUUCUGAUUUUCCUUCUUUUUAAAUUUUCUGGAUGAUGAAAGGUGCGUCACUCGUGUUUCCCCCGAUCACUGUCGUCCUGGUAGCAUCCGGCUGAGCAGCGGGGGGGGGGGGGACCACAUGAGGAGGACAUGUUGUAGUCUGAAGUUCGACUGCAGGUAGUGGGGGGGUCUCACAGUAAAGGUCAGCUCGCUGUGACUGACAGCGCUCCUGAUGUGUAGUGAGCUGCUCAGGUGUCGUGAACUCGGCACAUCUGGUGAUUCAGGUUCAUAUAAAAACCACAGUUCACCCUUUUUUUGAAUAUCGGUACUUAAGUCUUGGUUAUCUUGGAUAAUAGUGCGAUGCUCGUUCUAUGGCUGCGCUCAGUUUUUAUUUACUGUUCGAUAAAACGAUCCACAUCUCAAAUCCCAUGAUUCUGAACAUACAAUCUGCACAAAUACAAAGUUAAUGUAAAGAUUCAUAAGUUGCAACGCCACCUUUUUCAGGGUUGGUGUUAAAAAACAAUAAUUUGACUUAACAUGUUGUGCCAUGUCGUCUUAUUUGUAUAUAGGGUUGGUGGAUUUGUGGGUCAGGAAGCAGGGUAUCAGUUGUGUUUCAGUUCAGUGAGUAGUACGACAAAGACACAACUCCUGCUUUGGUAAAGUAAAAGUUCCAUUGUGUUGCUUUAAAAAAAAAGUGUAUGAACAAAAUAAACAAAAUUCUAGCGCCUUGCUUUCCCUUUAAAUGGAGCACAAGGUUAUAUAUCUGCAAUCUAACAAUUAUUGUUACAGAAAACAGUUUUCAAUACUAAUCCCAAAGAUAAUCAUUCGUUGGUACCAGAUGUGUUGAGUUCACUGCAUCAGGACAUUUCACUUAAUUCAUCUCUAAAGUGUAAACACAAACCAGAGGACAUGUCCACAACUUCCUGUCCCUCUCCCCUUUUAUAAAACUCCAGUGACGACAGCCCGAAAGAGAAGAGCAUCUUUUAGAAAGAUGAGAAUCAUGUCAGAAGCAGAGCAGAAGAAGAAGAAGCAGUUUGUGGAAGUUAAUUCUCACAUCAUCGGUACAGAAAUAGAAAAUCAGAACCAAUGAAAUCCCCCUUUUUUUUAGCCCUUUAUCUCCAUGUGGAGGGUUCGGAUCCUUCCUCCUCAGCACGUUCUUGUUUCUAAUGUUCUGAUCUCAUAAACUGAACUUCCCCCCAAAUGCUGUUGAGCGGUUUUCAGCCUGUGACGCAUCGUGUCUGUACGUUAUGAACAAUGUGAGAUAUUUUCCUUUUCCCACUGUUGAGCGAACAAAUGAUUGAAUAUGAGAAUAUUCAGGCUGCGGCGGCCCACGGCAAAAUAGAAGAUUUAGUUUUUUACUUUCUGAAGAAAAGUUUUGUGUACUUCUUAUGCUGCGGCGAUGUCUUGCUUUCGGGUUUUUAACGCUACGGCAAAACAAAGUGUUAGAGCUAGAUUUUGGGAGGAUUUUGGAAUAAUUCCCCCUUAAUUUAUUGGAAAAUAUAUGUUGUUCACGUCUGAUUGCCUUCAUGUUGAACUUUACCCCCCCCACUCACGUUUAAUUCUUUGUCAUAUCUGAAUAAAUUUACACAGAAUCUGUGUUUAUUUUGGCAACAAUUCAACCUCAAAACUCUCCAUGUUACUGAUUCUGAUGUUGGAAAAUCAGCUGUUAUGAAUUGUUCAUGUUCGGGGCGGAGAAAUUAGACCUACAUAAUAUAAUAUAAAUAUAUAUAUAUGAAUAUAUAUAAUCCUCGCAGAGAAGACGUAGGGUACUGCAUCAUUAUGCAAACUUUUUCUUUUUCCUCUAAUCCUUUUUGAUUAUUUUGUAUUCUAGUUUACAGAGGGGAAACAAAUAAUCAUCUUAUUUUUGGUUGUUUUGUUGUAUGGGGGGGGGGGGGGGGCUCUUAUUUCUCUGAAGACUAAGUGAUACAAGGCUAGUAUUUUUUUUAAGAGUACUUAGGCAUUUUUGCAGUCAUUUGUAUAAAUACGUGGGUUACGACCUCCGCCUAAUGUUUAUUUUUUGUAACUAUAUUACAGUUUAUUUGCUGCUGUUUAGUAAAGUUAACAGUUGGAGACGCUGUCGGUGACGGUGAGGACGAUGGUCACUGCCCUGCUAAUAGGCGCGGGUCGGUCAGCCAGGGGGGGGUCUACCGAAUCCCCCGCUACCUGUGUUCUUAUUUCCCCGAGUUGAAUGCUGUUGUUUAUUAGCUUUACAGGACAGAGAAAGACUUAAUAAAAAAGAAAGAAGAGAAGACAGUGAGGAGGUGUGUCUCCUUCUUAUGUGCAUUAUUUUUCAGCGACUUACGUCCUGUUUACGAAAAACAAAAACAAAAAACAACAACAAAGGAAGAAGAGGAAACUGGUGGAAAUGGAAAUCCUCCUGUAAAUAAGGAAAAACUCAAGUUGUCGCUUUUUUCAUGUUAUGAUCAGCGCCUUGCAAGGUGCCCCCCCCCCCCCCCUCUUUUUGUUUUUGUUUCCUUUCCUUCUCUCUUCUCUCGUUUUUUUUUUUUUCCUUGUGGAGGGAAAGGGGCGGGGGGGGGGUAGGAGAGGUACUCAGAGGCGAUUUGAGCAUCGGCAUAGUGUUUAUAUUUAUCAAAACUCUUUUGCUUUCGAUAGAGCUAUUGCAAUAAAAAUGUGUUCAUGUAA